AUGGCGACUUCGAUGCAAUUCGGUCCCGAAUGGAUGCGCAAGGGCCCCAACAGCAAAUCUGGUGGCAAGGAAUCCACCACGCCUUCCACCGCCACAAGCCCGGGCUCCGGCCCCAUCGCUGGCAACGCUGCUGCUCCUGGCGCUGCUGGCGCGGGCGGCGGCAAGCGUAAUGGCGGCUCUGGUGGCGGCUUGGCAAAUCUCUCCGGCCCAGCGCCCGUGGUGAGCCCAGCCGUAAGCUCGCCUGGCGCCUUCUCCUUUGCGGCGGCGGCGGCAGCAGCAGCAUCAGCGGCCACGUCACAAGCCGCGGAUCGAAACGGCAUCCACGCCUCGUACGCCGCUGGCGACGCCGACGCUUCGGCUGCGCUGCUCAACGGCACCUCCGCCGCACUCGCCAAGGACAAGCUGACGCGCGAAAAGCUGCUUAGCCUCUACAGCGCCGACCGCACCUCCAAGGCUCCCAGCGCAGAGCCCUCGCCCAUCGACGCCGCUCCACCCGGCCCCAUCGGCGCCAACGCAGGCCCCGAACGAGCUCCGAGCACCUCGCGUAGAAAGACCGCCUCCGAUCGCCGCCCUUCUGCCUUUGCUGACUUUGGUGCCGUUGGUGGUGGUGGCGGCGGUCCGCUCUCGCCAGCUCUCGCGGGCAGCGAGCCUCGCGGCCUCAAUGCGCGCUCCACCUCGGGCAGCUCCGCGAGCGGCGUGGCUGGCGGCUUCGGCUCCAUGGGUGCCUCCAACUGGGAUAAACCCGACAAGGAGCGCCCCGGCCUCUUCCAACGUGCCUCGAGCGGCGCGCUCGCCGGCGUAGGCGCCUCGGCCGGCUCGCGCCCUCUUUCGCCCAACGUCUCCCGAGACCGAUUCAGCGGCAUUCAGGGCGGUGUGCUCUCCGGCGUGGCGCCGCCUGCCCGCAAGAGGAUGGACAGCAGCGACGGCGGCGUUGCAGCCAACUCGAUCGAAUCCUCGUCGCGAGCAGCGCGCAUCGGCAAGGGCGGUGCCUCGGAAGAGAACGGCACCCCGCAGCCCGCCAACAGCCUCGGUGGCUCGUGGGGACGCGCUUCGCAAGCCGGUAGUGCACAGCCAGCCACGACUGGCGCCAACAAUCCUGGCUUCUCCGAGGCCUUCAGCUCCAACCGAGCCAGGGGAAGAAACGCCUCGGCCGCUGCAGACAGCUCGGUCACGCCUGCCGCACUCACCGUCCAGUCGUCGUCGGAGCCGGCGCAGCCCAUCGUGCCCAGCGCCCAUCCCGAAGGUCUCAGCAUCUCGGCCAAGUUCGCGCGCCACAAGGACCGCCUCCCCGGCGAGGGUCCCAUUGGCCCACCUUCGGACGGCAGCAUCGGCUUUGGCAAAUCCGCCGCCGGCUUCGACAGGAGGAGAGAGCGUCAGACCAGCCAGGCCCGGCCCGUGCAGUCGCUGUCUGCGUCCAAGCAAGAUGCGUCUCACUCUAAUCCGCUCGUCAGCUCGAGCAUCGCAGAAGUCGCUUCGGCCGAGAAGGCGGAUGCGCAGUCGGCGGAUCCAAAUGGAAAUUUCAACGCUGCCUCCCGCACGCUGGGCAGCGACGACCCGGACUUGGCGCAGCAGGCUUCCGCAGUGCUCGGCUCCCUCCACCUCGACGACGACGACAGCCCCGGUCUGCCCCCCAUCAACUCGUCCAUCAACACCGACCAAGCCGGCACGAACAACAACGACGCCAGACACAGCUUGCAAUCGCAGCAGCAGCAACAGCAGCCGUUCCACUCGCUCCAACCGCCCAUGGCCGCCGCGCCUUGGUCGCCCGAGACCGCCAUGUGGCUCUACAGGGACAUGGCCGGCAACGUCCAGGGCCCCUUUAGCAGCCUCAUGAUGCACGACUGGUACUCGCAACAGUACUUUGCCGACGACCUGCUCAUCAGGCGUCAGGAGGAUUCCGAAUUCAAGCCGCUCGCUCAGGUCGUCGCCGCGAUCGGCAACGCGCUGCAGCCCUUCAUCAUCCCUCCCUCCAACUGGCUUCAUCGACCUGAUCCGCCCAGGCCUGCCUUCGACAACAACAUGGCCACCGACUCGCUUCUGGGCAACGAACAGAGCCGCUUCACCGAUGCCUUUGACGCCAACCGUCCCUGGUCUUCUGGCCAGGCUGGCAGGCAGCAGGCCUGGCCCGCUUCGCUCGCCCUUGGCGGGCUCGCCAACGGUGGCCCGUCGCCGUUUGGUCAUUCGGACAUCUUUGCCGCUGGACAGGCCGGAUUCGACAACCGUCCGCGCAACCAGGACGAGCUCAUGUCCAUCCUGCGCGAGCGCGAGAUGCACGACCAGCAGCGUGCUGCGGCUGCGGCGGCGGCGGCCGCCUCGCGCGGGCCCGGCGGCAUGAGCCUCGGCCAACUCGACGGCUUCGGCGGCGGCCUCGGCAGGUCCGGAUGGGCUCCCGAGUCGGCCAUGACUCCCUCGCACUGGGGCGGCCUCGGCCAGCCUGGUCUGGGUCAGUUCGGCGACGUCGGACUCGGCGGCCACCAGAGCCCGCUGGUCAACGAGCGCGCUGCGUUCGACAACUUUAAUCAGCAGCAGAGGCAGGCGUUUGAGCAGGCCGGCAGCCCCUGGGCCAACAAGGCGUCGCUCGCGCAGCGCUCGCAGUUCGACUCAACUCUCGGCGGCGGCGGCGCAAGGCAGGUGCAGGGCCAGUGGGGCGAGCAGCAGGCGCCGUGGAGCUUUGGCGCAGGCACACCCGGUGUCGCGCACCGCGAGAUGGAGUUUGGCGAUGUCGCGCGCAACGAGGCCAUCAAGGCUGCCGACCCCAUCGGCACGCCGCGCAGGGCUCGAUCGCCCGCGCCCCACCACGAUACCACGCUCAACACCCAGCUCGCCGACCAACGCGACGAGCAGCACCAGUCGUUCGAGAACGCCUUCCCCGCGCCGGUGCACGCAGAGCAGCACGACGACGUCGAGACCGCUCCUGCCGCGGACAUCGCCUCUGCAGCCGCUGUGGAAGACAAAUCCGCGGCCGAGGAAGCCAUGCAGGCUGCCAAGACCGCCACGCCCCAGAAGAAGCAGUCCAAGAAAGAGGCACAGAAGGCUGCUGCGGCCGCGGCUGCGGUUGCAUCCGAGGCUCAGCAGCCCAGCCAGCCUGCCACUUCUGCCGAGACCGAGAUCCCGCCGCCCGAGGCGUUUACUACGGGCGAGCCGCGACCGGAGGAGCUGUGGCCGCAGAGCCCCAAGGCGGUCGAGUUUGCGUCGGAGCCCGAGCUGUCGGGCAUGCCUGCGCUCACGCUGCCCACUCGUGCAGCCAAGGAGGCCAAGCGCGAGCCGCGAUCGGCGCUUGCGCGACCGAGCACCGAUGCCCCGCGCCCCGUCCCGGGCAGCGCAGAGCCCGCCAACCGUGCCGCCUCUGCCGCUGCUGCGCGCUCCACGGGCGCGGGCAACGUGCGUGUCGUGUCGCAGGACCAGUUCCGCCGCACGAACAAGGACGAUGUGUCGUCGACUGCCACGCAGGCGCCGCUGUCGGACUGGCUUACCGACGCCUCUGCCGCCGAGGCGCAGACGGCCGCCAGCCGCCCUGCGCCGUGGGCGGCCAAGGAGGACGCUGCGCAGCCCACGGGCCCGAGCCUGCGCGAGAUCCAGGAGGCCGAGGCGAAGCGGGCGGAGGCCAAGCGCGCUGCGGACAAGGCGGCGGCGCGUGCGCGCAUGGCGGCGUCGCCGAGCGCCGUGGAGGAUCUGCCGACCACGCUGAGCUGGGGGCUGGCGUCGGCGCCCGCGGCCAAGGCGGGCAGCGGUGCGGGCAGCGAUGCGGGUGCGGCGACGGCGCCGGCUGCUCCCGCGUGGAAUGCAGGCAAGAGCGCGCCCAAGAAGACGCUCAUGGAGAUUCAGGAGGAGGAGCGGAAGCGCGCGGACAAGGUCAAGGCGCAGCAGUCGGCGCUGGCGGCGGCGGCGCGCAAGGGGUAUGCGGACUCGGCGGGACGCACGCCGUCGGCGAGCCUGCACGGCGUCGUCGCACCCGCCUCGUCGGCAUCGAGCGGUGGCGGUGCGUGGUCGGUCGUCGGUGCGAGUGGCAAGCCCACUACACCCAGCGCUGCCCCUGCCGUCGGCACGGGUUCCGCCUACGGUUCGGCAGCAGCAUCGCCUUUGGCAGCGCGACCUGCUUUGGGUACUCCCUCGCGCAGCACCAGCGGUGCGGUUCCCACCUCGGGCUCCGGCAGUGCGUGGAACGUGGUUGGCAAGCCGUCGGCUCCUGCCUCUCCCUCGCCCUCGAGCCGUACCGCUGCACCUUCUUCCGCACUCGCCAGUGCAGCAAAGCGGGCGCCGUUGGAUCCGAAUGCGCCAUCGCCCGAAUUCAUCCGGUACUGCAAGGACAACCUGCAGGGCCUGACGAUCAAGACGGACGACUUUAUCGACAUGCUGUUGCAGUUCCCGCUCGACCCGAGUGCGGACGUGAUCGAGAUCAUUGCGGAUACGGUGUAUGCCAACAGCAGCACGCUCGAUGGACGCCGUUUCGCGCACGACUUUGUGUCGAAGCGCAAGCUCGAUGUGCAUGGUCGCACAGGUAGCACGGGUGCGAGCAGGUGGGGCGCAGCCAGUGCGGCUGGGAUGGGAAACUUUGGGGCGGUCAAGCCGGUGACGACUCAACAGGCUUCGCCGUUUGGCGCCAAGGCGAUGAAUGCAGUGCCCAAGUCGCCCGAUUCCGGGUUCAGAGUGGUCAAAAGCAAGGCGGCCAAGAAACGCACCUAG